AUGGCUUGUGUUACAAGAAAAUUCCCUGAACAUAAUAAAAGCGAAGUGGUCAAGGAAGAGGCUGAUGAGGAGGAAAUGAUGGACACAGUGCAGUCCAUCAGCUCUGCGUAUCCCACAGAGCUGACCGAACUCGGGAAGUGCCUUGUCAAACACGAGGAAACGUAUACAGGCAUGUUGAUUCUUGCCUUUACCGCCAUCUCAUGGAAGGACACCACCAUCUGCAACAGAACCGCUUCCAUCAUCUGCUGGACACUGCUGCGGCCGGUCACGACCGGUAACCUUCUCCCUGAGGCCGUCACGUUCUUCUUCAACAGUGUUCUGUCAGCGCUGCAGAUCCACGGGCAGCAUGAAGUCUGCAAUAACGCCCUCACUCAGCUCGCCCUGUUCAUCUACGAGAGCCUGCGCCCUCGCUACCCCGAGCUGCGGGCCGUCAUGUCCGAGGUGCCAGGAAUCAACUUGGAAGCUCUGUAUCAGUUCGACCAGAAACUCAUGGACCCCAAAGCCACAAAAUUGGGAGAGAAGAAGAGGAAGGACCAGUUCAGGAAGUUCUUAGCCGGAACCAUUGGGACGGCUCUAUGUCAACAAUUCAAGAAAGAAGUCCACAUAAAGAAUCUUCCCACUCUGUUUAAGAAGCCAAAGGAGGUGAAGGACAUGGUGCUGCAGAGCGAGCCGCUGGGUCUAGAGGCUUUGUUUGCCCCCACGCCUGCAGCGCUGUGA